AUGGAUGAACAACAAUUCCGCGAAAUAGACGGUCGACACAAAGACCUUAUCAAGUUGGAGGGAUUAAUUAAAGAAACGAACGGUCUGUUUGUGGACAUUUCUAACAUUACUGAUGCACAGGGCGAGAUUCUUGACAAUAUUGAGUACAACGUGACCAUUUCAGGAGACAAGAUAGGCUCAGGAACGAGAGAUGUCAGUAAUGUUCGUGAACGUAGAAAACAACUUCGCAAGAUAAAAAUUCUGAUGAUGAUGGUUUGCCUUGGAGUUGGAGCGGCUAUCGGUGUGACAAUCAUGUUUACUGUGUUCGUGUAA